UGGGCAUGGUUCUGAAACUGCAUCUGGGUUCAUCUGUCCCAGUGAAACCCUCCGUGUGAUGCGCUGCAAGUGCGCUGAGGGCGCUCUUACUCUUCAGUCAGGUUGCUCAGCAGAUUGGUGAGCCUCUAAAAGCGGUGUGUGUGUGUGUGCGUGUGUGUGUGCGUGUGCGUACUACGGGGGGGGAGUUCUUUAGUGUCUGAAGGCAGAAUACAGCGCCUGGGAGUCCAGAGGUCCAAGUCUGGGGGGCCCCCCUCCUGAAACUAAAAAGGAGGAGGAGAAUAGGAGGUCCGCUCUCCUCCCCUCUCCGCGGAGAGCCUGGAAGAAUUGCGCUCCGUCCGUGCGCCCUGCCUUGCUUGCCAGUCGGAGGAUGGGGAUUUUUUUCCAUUCAUCCACGUCCCCUUUUCCCCUCCUCCUCCUCCGCCUCCUCUCAAACAAGCCAGUCGCUCUGUCAGUGCGCUGCGAGCAUUAGGGCGAGUCAAACCGGUGGGAUUUUGAGGCGCACAGACGGAUGAGAUAACUGCACGGAGCGCGCUCCUCGGGCCGUUUCGUUCCUGCGCUCCGUCGGAAAGACGUCCGUUUCCAGGCGGGACCGAUGCCCACUGAGUCGCAUCUUUAUUUUCUUCACCACUUCACAAGUUUCACGCCGGCCUGCGUGUGGCAUCGUUAGGAGGUUCUCGCUUUUCUAAGAGCUCUUUGGUUUGUUCGUGUCAGUUUUUUUUUGUCCUCUGAAUUUGCUCUCGGAUUAAUUUUCGAGCUGGAUCUUGGUUUCCUUUCCCCCCCCCCCCUCUAGAAACGAACAUAUUUUGUGGAUUUACUGCAUUUUCUGGCAAAAAAAAGAGAGAGAAAGGAUUGUACUUGACUCCCUGAGCAUCAACACGUCUCUUUUUUUGAUGAGGAUGGAGCUGUGGAUACAAGUGGCAUCUUUCUCAUUUUAAACACAUUCCCAGCUGUUUUUUUUUUUAAAUUUUUUAUUCCUCUUUUGUCUUCGUCUCCUAAACAAAGUGACCAUAUUUAAAUCCAGCUGAGCCAGAUAUGCUCGGACGUGACAGAACAAGGUAAUGGGAGAGAAAUCAGACAGAGAGAGCCAAAGAGAACAAGGGAACGUUGUUCAGCGAGGAAAACAGACAAUUAGGGCGCACAGAAAAGGCUUCAGAAUCCGCUUUCUGGAGGCGAUAAUCUGUUAAAAAUAUCCAAUUCAGUGGAGAUCUGCUUGAGCCCUAGUGUUCUGGGUUCCCUUCAUAUAUUUAAAGAAACUUGUUUCUGACGAGAAAUGAAUGUGGAAGUCGUGGGAACGGCUCUGAACUAGUGCGCAGAAGAACCUGUCGACUUGGAGAUCAGGACGCACGGAUUGAACAAGUUUCUCCUCCAGCAUUCAGCGUUUCGGAUCCAUGUGGUUUUGCGUGGCUGGCUUUUUAAUCCCACUUUAACUCUUUAUGCCUUUCAUCCUGAUCGGUUGAUCCAUUGUUUUAAAGCGGCUAGCUGCAAAAAAGAAAGAAAGAAAAAAAAAAAAAGGCAGCUCUGCCAGCCCCUCCGGGCGAUUAUUGUUGCUUUCUUCUGUUCGAUGGGGCCCCACAUGCUGGGUGUCAGGGUUGAGAUGGCGUGUCGAAGGAGCGGGAAUGGAUUGUGGGUCCUGCUGGUGUUCCUACUGGAUUUACUGGGAACCACCGCCAGCAACAUGGAGCCCAUCUACUGGAACUCCAUGAACGAAAGGUUCAGGGACGACAAGGGCUACGUUCUCUACCCUCAGAUCGGGGACCGGCUGGACCUCAUCUGCCCCCCGCUGGACACGGCCCGCUCCACGCCAGAGUACGAGUUCUACAAGCUCUACCUCGUGUCGACGCGGGAGCAGGCGGACCGCUGCGAGGUGAUGGGCGCGCCCAACAUCGUGCUGACGUGCGACGAGCCCACGCGGGAGCGCCGCUUCACCAUCAAGUUCCAGGAGUUCUCGCCGAACCUCUGGGGCCACGAGUUCAAGAGCCUGCACGACUACUACAUCAUCGCCACGUCGGACGGGACGCGCCAAGGCCUGGACAGCAUGAGAGGGGGCGUGUGCGCUACGAAAGGCAUGAAGGUGGUCCUGAAAGUGGGACAGAGCCAGUACGGACUGCCCCCGAAGAAGGACCAGCCAGCGGGACGCACGACCAGCAGAAUCCCAGGUGGAAACGCCACCCAGCCUCGAGGGCCCUUUGGAGAUGGAGGCAACGGUGAAAACGGACCCCUCGAGUCAACCAACAUCGCCUUCAUCGCUGGCGUCGCAGGAGGCUCCGCCUUCCUCCUGCUGGUCACCGCCGUGAUCUGCGUCGUGUGCUACCGCCGGAGGCACGCCAAGCACUCCGACACGCACCACCCUCCGCUAUCGCUCUCGUCCCUCACCAGCCCCAAGCGCGGCGGCGGCGGCGGCAUCACCAGCUCCAACAACAACGGCUCAGAGCCCAGCGACAUCAUCAUCCCCCUGCGGACGUCGGACUCGGCCUACUGCCCGCACUACGAGAAGGUGAGCGGGGACUACGGGCACCCCGUCUACAUCGUCCAGGAGAUGCCGCCUCAGAGCCCGGCCAACAUUUACUACAAAGUAUGAGACAGCCGUCUGGACACGCCCGCCUUCCUUCAACCACGACCAGCCAAUCACACCCAACAUCUCCCAAAUGAAGCCACUACAGAAUCUGCCAUCAUAGCUCCAAACUGGAUCGCCUCAGUAGUACCAGUAUUGUCCUUUGGAACCCCCCCCCCACUUGCCCUGGCCACUGUUGUGUUUCUAGCUGAAUAAACCCCCCCCUCCUUCCAUAACCCUAUUUCACACAACUGGGCCAUUAAGUGUGAGUAAGGGGUUAUGUUGUAACCACACAUAACCCUUCCUAACAAGGCCCUCAUGAUUGGGCAAGAGGCUCUGAAUUCCUUCGUCUUGUUAUCUCAGAGCUAAAUGAGCCCCCCACCCUUUAACGCGCCACACACUUUUUUUUUUAAGAGUGUGAACCUGGUGUUGGGAUGUUUUAAAAGAAAAAAAAAGACUGAAAGGACUUUAAAAAGAGGACUACGCUCCUGGACCCACUUGGCACCAACGAACUCUGAUUCUCAGAGAGCCACACCCGCCUUGCCCACCACCCCAUCCCCCUUUUAGAUCUCUAUCAUCCAAUCAGAGACGAGCCCCUCGCCGCUAACUCGACAAUAGCCUCCUAGUUUGUUCGUGUUUGUUUCGAUCGAGAAAACAGGCUUGGGGGGGGCGGCCUCGGACUCACACCCUGAGCCAACACCGGAUCCCCGGACGAGGCCUAACCAAUCGGUGACUCUCAGAAUCGUGUAUAUUUUAAUAAAGCGUGUGUUUGUGUGACUGUGCGCGAGCCUGCAAAACAGUUGGGUAAUAAUUAUGGCGAUGCUGCUGCUGCUCCACAUUAGAGUGCAGUUAGUGUGCUUCAGCAAGUUUGCAUACAUGUGAGUGUGUGUGUGUGUGUGCUUUUCUGCGUGUGUGAGUGUGUGUGUUCUUUAGACUUGUCUUAAAUACCAAAACACAAAAUAGUGAGCGAAUAUCAAAAAAGUGAGAUUUUUUAUGGCUAUCAACACUUAUAGAUUAUAUAUAUGAAUAUCCAGUAAAUAAUUUCUAGAUGUUUUUUAUUGGUUUAUUAUUUUUACCCACUCUGUUAAACUACACUUCUGUUUCUAAAUGUUUUCAUUUGCUUUUUAUUUUGUGCUUAUUUCCUGCCCUUUUGCCUUUAUACUUUGCAGUGCCUUGCAAAAGUGUUCAUACCUCCCAAAUGUUUUCACGGUUUGUCACGUCACAACCACCGACUUCAAUGUUUGUCUUAGGUUUUUAUGAAAAUAGACAAACACACAGGGCUGCAUAAUUGAGAAGAGGAAGAAAAAUGAAGCGAUGUGACGAUUCGGACAUUUGUCUGUAUCCAGCCUCAAUUACUCUUAUUGCUUAAAAUGCAGAACAACCCAUUUUAAGCCCCAAACAGAUUUUCCUCCUGUAUCGCUCUGUAUUCGUCCCCAUCCCAGUGUCUGAUGGUUUCACUCCUCCAUAGAAACCAGACGUAGAAACCAGUAGUUAAAUGAGGAUCAAUAGUGCAGUAAAGUUUUGUAGCCAUUAACAUAAACUUUGUGCCUCUAAUGUUAGUCACAUAACCAAUGUUCUCUUUAGAAAUUUAUGCACUUUCCAUUAUGUGAUCUAUCUACCAGGAGCAUUGAUUUAAUUAAAUCGUAUUCGCAUAUCUAGGCAAUCAAUAAAUAUGACUGUGCCAUUGCCUACAUCUAUUUCUGGCCAUCAAGCAGCACAAAACCUGCAAAACCAGACCACUGCACAAAAAAACCGGCAAAAAAUGUACAAGAAACGCACACCUUUAUAGGUAUCAUUGCAUGUACCAGCAGCAGGUAUUACAGUUUGCAAUUCUUAAAUCUAUGUAAAUAAACCGUAUAGAGGGCAUGACUGUCCGUUUGUGGUUCAGUAUCCACACAUUACGGUAUAUUUGGUGCACAAAGAAGCUCACACACAUAAACCUAUUAAAAUAGGCAGUUAUAAGCGUCUCCAGAAGGAGGUUUCAGAAAUUUUAGCUAUUUGUGGGCAGCAGCGUUUGGCUGUAAUAACUUUAUUGGCACAAUGUUAUAUUGACGGCUCAUAAACUGCAUUACACUACUGGCAAGUUAUUGUCUUAAUGGCCAAAAUGAUAAUGUUAUCGAUCAGUAUUAUGUCGCUGGUAAGCGAAUUGAGCAGCGCGUCCUGGUCGGUUCUGUAAAACGAGUUAAAGAGGAAAACUGCACAGUUUCCUCUUUAAACUGUGGGUUCACAAUCAUGCGGUACUUUGUGCUGGUCUAUCAAGUGAAACCCCAAUAAAAUGUGUGGAAAUUUGGGGCUGUGUCGUGACAAAACGUGGAAAAAGUUCAAGCGGCAUGGAAACGUUUGCAGGACGCUGUACUUUAACUAAACCCCUUGUUCUUUGAAGUUGUUUCUCCGUUUUCAUUCUCUCCCUCCUCCUCCCGCCCGAGGUCAACUCUGUGUAUAUUUUUAUAGCUCAUCGUACUAUGCUGUAGUUUUGAGGUCUAGACCUCAUUUUCGUGGAAGUGUUGAGGUAGAACCAUCGAUGAAAGUUUUUCCUGUUAUUUUUUUUUUCUUUCAUUUUAAAAGGCAGACGUAAAAGAAGCCGGGGUAGGGGUGGGAAGGGGGGUGGUGGCGAUGGAGAAGGGGGAAGGGGAAAGGUAAAGAGGGAGAGAGAGAGAGGACGAAAUGAAAAAAGAAGAACAAAGAAGAGAGAGAGCGCCGUCUCGGGAGGAGGAAUAAAGCGGCGUUUGAAUGCAGAACUUUAAGGAAAAGGAAAAAAAAAAAAACGAGCGGGAGGGAGAUGAGGGAAGACGAGACUGUGAAGCAAACAGGAAAAAAUAGGAGCAGCAGGAGUAGUAGAUGAAGGAUCCAGUGGAAGGAAGGAUGGACGGACGGACGGACGGAGCACAUGAAAGAGUGGCUGGCGAAGAGGAGAAACCUCUGAGGUGCUGGACUGUCAGCCACAAAAAAAAAGAAGAGAAAUCCCGCAAAAAAAACGGAUUUUUGGAGGAGCUGAACUCUACACGCACGCAAAAACAUCCACACACGCACAUCCACUGUGACUCCGGCACGUUUCGGAUGCGUUCCUCUCUUUCUCCCGCCAAAAUUUUGUGUUGAAACACACACACACGCACACACACACGCUCUCUCUCUCAGAUCUCACACUGUUUUUUAACGACUGUCGAGCGACAUCCCGCAAACACGCUCACCCACACUCAACAUAAAUUUUUUUUUAAAAAUGUUGCUUUCGUCUGAUCUGUGUUCCCGUGAAUCACCUGACGGACGGGGAAAGGAUUUUUAAAAAAAAAGAAGAA